AUGACCAAAUGUCAUCCAGUAUUCUGCUCGCUUUUGUUCUUCAUCCUGAUACAUGGGGCAUUACCCUCUGAACCUCGACACUGGUGGCCACCACAUGGAGCUGUUAAGGUGAAAUGUCCAUAUAAGAAAGUAAACUUGAGUUGGUUCACUGGAACAGUGAACCCCUGCCCUGGUUUAUAUCAACCCAUCUGUGGCACUAAUUUUGUAACCUAUGAAAACCCCUGUAUCUUGUGUGUUGAGAGCAUGAAAUCUCAUGGGAAGAUUAGGUUUCAAAAUGAUGGAAAAUGCUAGCUGAGUGAACUUGGAUGUCAAAGAAGAUACCUUUUUUUCUCUAUCAUGACAACCCUUCCUUGCAUUUGAUAGUGACAGAGACCUGCCCCUGCCGUGCUUGUAUCAGAUAACCAAAGGUUCCUUCCUUAGACUUCUUUCCUCAUUGAUGCACUGCCUUCCGUAUUCUAAUAAAUAAACUUUUCUGAAAGUCUGAUUUAACUUGGUCCUCAGAUCUGUGUCUC